CCUGCAGGAGUUUGCCACCUCGAUGUUUAGUGUUGAAGCCCAGAAGCCCGCUCGGGGCCAAUGGACAACGCCGCCCUUCGACCCGCGCUUCCCUAACCAGAACCAGACGCGUAACUGCUACCAGAAUUUCCUGGACUACCACCGGUGUAUGAACAGCAUGACCCGGCGCGGGAAGAACACACAGCCCUGCGAGUACUAUUUCCGUGUAUACCAUUCACUGUGUCCCAUCAGCUGGGUGCAGCGUUGGAACGAGCAGAUCAAGAACGGGACUUUCCCGGGCAAAAUCUGACCGAGCACUUGAGUCCUGCUUGGAGCCCGUCAGUCUCCAGUGACUGUUGUCUUCUCCCUAAACCCCAGCCUCGGUUCUUC